UUAAUAAACUGCAUUAUGUCCCCGCCUGUUGUAGAAGAUGACGUCGUCAUCACUAUGGAUGCCGGCAUCGCAUGCCGAGACGAUCUGAAGUCUGAGUGGGCCGCGAAGUUUCACUCGGUGGAGAGGAGGCCCCUCAGGUGCACGUUGGCGGUCCCGAAGACGUAUGAAAACGAAGGCCGCUUCUAUCACUGUGACCCCGUACCCUUCCUGGAACUGGGCACCGUUGCCCACAAAUACUUUUUAAUCAACCUGCGCUUGCCGGUGAACGACACGGUGAAUGUUGGCAUUGGAGAAAUAAAGGACAUCCAUGUAGUGGGCAUCCACCAGAACGGAGGCUUUACUAAAGUGUGGAUCAGCAUCAAGACUGUGUUCAGUCCCUGGAUCCUCGGGGCGACAGCUUGGUUCUGGCACAGAAUCGGCCUAAUGACCAGACCUCCGGUACUCCUGGAAAAGGGGAUCUUGGCUCUGGGCGUCUCCAUGACGUCCCUGAACCUACCGGUGGAGUGGCUCUCCCUGGGCUUCGAGUGGACGUGGAUGCUGCUGUUGGAGGACGUCCGACAGGGCCUCUUCUACUCCGCGCUCUUCUGCUUCUGGGUCGUCUUCUGCGGCGAACACCUCAUGGACCAGAGCCGGAGGAAUCGCCUCUCGGCAUACUGGUGGCAGGUCGGGCUCGUGGUGUUCGGGUCGUCCGUGCUCCUCGUGUUUGACCUCAGCGAAAGGGGCGUUCAUUUGGCCAACCCUUUCUACAGUGUGUGGGCAUCGGACAUUGGGACAAGGGUUUCAAUGACCUUCAUUUUUGUGGCAGGGAUUUCGGUCUGUCUGUAUUUCCUGUCCCUGUGUCACAUGGUGCGUCGUGUGUUCAGGAACAUUGGUGGGAAAAGGCAGCAACUUCCCGCAAUGCCAGAGGCCAGGAGACUGCACUAUAAGGGUAUCAUCUUCAGGUUCAAGUUUUUGAUGCUGGUAACUCUAGCGUGCGCAGCCAUGACCGUCAUCUUCUUCAUCUUGAAUCAAGUCAGCGAAGGCCACUGGCACUGGGGAGACUACACUCUCCAGGUCCACAGUGCCUUCCUCACGGGGAUCUACGGCAUGUGGAAUCUGUAUGUGUUCACCAUCAUCUUCCUCUACGCGCCCUCCCACAAGCACCACAAGUCGGCGGACGGUCAACAUGCAGAUGUGGCGCAGAUGCCGGAGAGCCGAGAGAUGCGGCUGACGCGUGGGGACCAGGGGCCGACCGAGACGUACAGGAUCACUGGAAAGCGGGCUGAGGAAUAACCGCCAGGUCUCUUUAGCAAACUUGCUUUGUUGUGUUAUUUCCAUGUCACUGUAUGUACACAAAAGGUGUAAAAGUUAGACUAUGUAGAAUACUGUAACUUUGAAACAACAGUGUGAUUUUUUUUGGGGAAGUUACUGGAAUGUGCAGCAGUAUUGGGGAAAAUACCAUGGCUCAUAGGCGGAACACGAGACUAGAAGAUGGAUCGCCCACCGCCCGGGGCCCUGGAACUUAAUGUGGGCCCCGAAAGUCCCAGACUCAGUGAGUGGCUAUUGAUCUGUAAUAAUUGGGCUAAUUGUAAUUUUUUUAUUUGCGGAUAUGGGAAAAUGUAUAACUAACUCAAUGAUACUGUGAUCGGCCUCAUAUUAAUGAAAAGGUAACCGGACAUGCUGCUUGGAAACUGGGCGUCCGUCUGUGAGCUUCUCUCAGUGCUUCCAGUUUUGUGGUACUGCAGACUUUCUCCAAGUGGACAGUACUAACGUAAUGAUAAUAAAGGGAAUAUGCUAUGAAA